AGAGAUACUCACAAAUUUUUUUUUGUCCCCAUUUUCGUGAGCGCUUUCAGAUUGUGUGGUAGAGCUUUCUUUCAUCUUAAUUCGUCUCCUUUUCCCCCCUCUGUAACACCCCGCUUCUCUGAAUCCCUUUCUGUUAAUCAUCUGUCUUUCAAGUUAUGAUUUUUGGGUUUGUCUUUAAAUUGAUCAAGAAGCAAACUUGAAGGAUUUCUCGAAAGUCAGGUGUUUUCAGAAUCGAGAUCCAGUUUUUUUUUUUUUGUUUGUUUCCUUUUGCCUUUAAAUUUGUUAGUAAUCCCCCCGCCCCCCCUUAUUUCCUGUUUUUCAUCUUUGAAAUUAGCCAAGAGGGUUAAUUUUUGAUCCCUCAAAGUUUUUUUUUUUUUUUUUUUUGUUCUUCUAAGAUCCUGGGAUUGAAGGGAUUGUCUAUUUAAAAUCUCUUUCAUCCUUUUUUUCUUGUAGAAAAAAUUUCUUUUUUUUUUUUUUGGUUUAAACUUUUAGUUUCAGACCUGUUCUUCAGUUUUAGAAAGACGCAGGCUUAGUUUUACAAGCUAUGGCAGCUAUGAUGGAUUUCUACAACAGUACACAACUUCUUUCAGAUCCCUUCAGGGGUGAACUAAUGGAAGUUCUUGAACCUUUUAUCAAAAGUCCUUCCCCAACCCUUUCUUCUUCUUCUUCUUCUUCUUCUCCCUCUCCCUCUCCCUCUCCCUCUGCGGCCUCAUCCCCUUACGGGUUAUCCAACAGCCAAAACAUCAUAGGCUUCGAGCAACCAACUUCUCUACUUGGUCUCAACCACCUCACACCAUCUCAGAUCAAUCAGAUCCAGGCUCAAUUCCAGUUACAGAACCAGCAGAACUUGUCAUGGCAACAUCAUCAUCAUCAUCACAACACACUCAAUUUCCUUAGUCCUAAGCCAAUCCCAAUGAAGCAUGUGGGUAUGCCUCCAAAACCCACCAAGCUUUACCGAGGGGUGAGACAGAGGCAUUGGGGUAAAUGGGUCGCUGAGAUCAGACUCCCAAAGAACCGUACAAGGCUAUGGCUUGGUACCUUCGACACUGCGGAAGAAGCUGCCUUGGCUUACGACAAGGCUGCUUACAAGCUCCGAGGUGACUUUGCUAGGCUUAACUUCCCCAACCUACGACACCAAGGUUCCUGUGUUGGAGGAGAAUUCGGUGAAUACAAGCCUCUUCAUUCCUCUGUCGAUGCCAAGCUUCAGGCUAUUUGUGAAGGCUUGGUUGAUUUGCAGAAACAGGGGAAGUCAGAGAAGAAGAAGCCUUUGACCUCGUCCAAGAGGUCAGCAACAGCGCGAUCGAAACUGGGGUCGAAGGUGGCUCAGCCAGAGUCGACGGUGACUCACUCGGAGGUGCAAUCGGUUGUUUGUGAAGCUGAUUUGAAAGGUUUGGAGAAGAGUUACAAGGUUGAUUCAGCUUCCUUGUCUCUGGUGAUGACCGAGAGCGAGGGAUCUGAAGGUUCUUCACCCCUUUCGGAUCUUACUUUUGCUGAUCAUAUCAGUGAGCCACAGUGGGAAGGUGAUUCGGAUAAUUUCAAUCUGCACAAGUACCCAUCUUACGAGAUCGAUUGGGAUUCUCUGUGAAGCCGUGUUGUGUUCUAGUCUGUGUCAGAUAUAUUAUGUAGUUUGUAUCUUAGGGAAAGGUAUCAUGCAUAAUUUAAGUAUAUUUGUAGGUCUUAGUGUCUCAGGUGGCUACUGCAAUGGAGUUUUUGGCAAUUGCAGGGCUACUCCUUAGGGUAUUUUGUUAUGUUUUUUGCAUGUUAAUUAUUCUGUCAAUAUCUUGUAUAAUCUCUAUCUACCUUAGGGUCACAGCUGGGUUUUUUUUUCUUGCUGGGCCAGGUAGAAUGUCUCUAGUUAUGUUUUGAAGUUUAUUGUUGUAAUCUACUAGAAUUCCAUCUUAUGAAUUAUUAAUAUUGUACUAAGUU